UUGUCUUCAGCUUCGGAUUUUUUAUAUUCCUGUAGAUUAUAAUAUAUUUGUUGACUAUAUAUUCAAAACGCAUUUAAAUUUAUAAUGUCAGAGUUGGAUGAUGAAGAUAUGGUGUGGGACCCUGAGGAGAUAGGCGGAGAGAUGUCUGACCAUGACAUAGAUGGUGAAGAUGAAGAAGAGAACCAAGCCAUACAGGAUGGUUGUCUGCAGAUAUUCUCCGCCAGUGAUUUCAUCAUGGAACCAGGAGUCUUUAACAUGCUUAAAACAUUUUUACAAGCUGGAGGUUCACCAGAGAAAGUAGUAGAGUUAUUAUCAGAAAACUACAAAGCCGUUGCACAGACUGUGAAUUUGUUAGCAGAAUGGCUCAUACAGGCUGGAGUAGAUAUAAAAGUUGUUCAAGAAAUGGUUGAGAACCAUCUAAAGACAAUGAUUGUAAAACAUUUUGAUCCAAAGAAAGCAGAUUCUAUAUUUACAGAUGAAGGAGAGACUCCCUCUUGGUUGGCUGAGAUGAUUGAAUACCCUACAUGGAGAGGAUUAUUUUACAGAUUAGCGGAGGAAUAUCCAGAUUGUUUAAUGUUGAACUUCACUGUUAAGCUUAUCUCAGAUGCAGGAUUCCAAGGGGAGAUAACCUCUGUCUCUACGGCAUGUCAUCAGAUAGAAGUAUUCUCCAGAGUUCUACGGACCACUAUUUCUAGUCUGUUAAAUGGAGGAGAAGAAUUGUUGGAAAAAAAUCUCCCAGAAUUUACAAAAAUGGUUUGUCAUGGAGAACAUACCUAUCUGUACAGUCAAGUAUUAAUGCAGAUAUUGUCACAGGAACCAAAAGGUGGAUCUAAUAUUAGAAGGUUGUGUCAGGAACUACAGAAAUCUGCCAAUGAAAGAGGAUUGGAUGUAACCCCUAUAACAUUAGCCUUGAGUGGUGCAGCAGCCUACCCCAGGGCAUGUCAAGCUUUAUCAUCAAUGUUGUCAAGGAAUGCAUUAAAUCCAGCAGAUAUUACUAUUUUAUACAAAAUGUACACAGACAUGAACCCACCACCAGUUGAUUUGAUCAGGGUACCAGCGUUCCUUGAUUUACUGAUAGAUGCCAUGUUCAAACCAGUAUCAAAAGUGAACCCUGAACAUAAAGCUAAAUAUAUAUAUGUUUUGUCAUAUGCUGCAAGUGUCACAGAAACAUAUAAGAAGGGACAAAGAAAAUCAAUCAUUAAAGAUGAAUUGAAACCAACUACACAAGCCUUAGAGAAGGUUCAGUCAUUGUGUGCUGAGAACAAAAAUUCUUCUGAACUUAUUGCAGAUGUCAAUGUAUUAUUUCUGAAUUUAAAAUUUCCUGUGAUAGCCUAUGGUGUGUUGAAAUGGGUGGACUAUACAGUUUCAGAUACCAACUACUUCAAAUUAAACACAGACCAUACUCCGCUACAUUUAGUCCUUAUAGAUGAGAUAGUGACCAAUCAUGUGUUGUUACAUCAAAAAGCAUUAGAUCUUCUAGUCAGGUUAUUUGAAUCAACAUUUGAAGAACUAGAUGUUUUAGUCAGACUUGAAUUGAAGAAGACAUUACUGGACAGAAUGGUACAUCUAUUUAGUAAAGGAUUUGUCUUACCUGUUGUGUCAUAUAUAUGUAAAUGUUGGGACAAGCAAGACACAGAUAUCUCAUUAAUCAGACAUUUUGUUACAGAGGUUUUAGAUGUGAUAGCUCCUCCAUACACUGCUGAUUUUGCCCAAUUAUUUCUGCCAUUAAUAGAGAACAAAGAUAUAACAGGAUCAAUCAGAAUGGAUGAUGGGAGUGACCCAGUGUCAGAGUUCAUCACUGAUGCAAAAGCAGCCAUAGCUGUGUGAUAUUCAGAACAAAUCUUGUUUCCAUGGAUACAGCUUCCUAGAUGUUGUAAACUAUUGGUUACCAUGACAACUGACUAUAAAAGCCAAAAGAUUGUAUUAGUCAAGUUUAAGUGGUCAAGAAUUACUAAGAAGUAUAAAACUUAAUCAUGCUGAACAUAAAAUCAUGAUACAAACAUGAACCAAAGAGUAAGCUUAUAGCCAUUUUAUAAUCGAUGGGCAUUCUGAAGGAUAAGCAGUUUCUUGUGUAUUUAUUGUUUGUUAGAUUAAAGAAAGAUGGAAAACAAACAAUUAAGAUUUAAAUGUACCCAUAUGUGUUCAUUAUCUCUAUCUAUAAAUUAUUGUUUUAUUUUCGUUGUGUGUGAAACUUUCUCAAUAAGAGUUCUAUAUAUAUAUACAUGUAUAGAUAAGGUAUAAUAUGAUGCUAUUAGGUCAAAAUGUUGUAGCAAUAAGUCUCUGACAUACAAUACAUAGGUUCUGUUCAUCAACAAUUGAAGCCUUUAUGUUUGGAUUAGACAAUAUAAGCUGGGAUCUAGAAUUAUGUAAUGGGGAAAAGUCAAAAUAGAAUAGAGAAUGGAAAAUUCUUUACAGUUUUGUUUGUAUCAUCAACGUAAAAUAUCAGUGAAAAUGAAGAAUAUUGCACUAAAAACAUUUGUUGUUCAUUUUGUUGUCAAGAUGAGGCAAUGAUUUGGUUCAAAAUUGCCUGAUUAGCUCUGUAUUUGGAAAAGUACUUGUAAUAGACUGGUGGUAUGCACCUGUUUUAGCAUCUAUGUAUUUCUGCUUCAAGUACAAAAUGCAACACUGUCCUCGCAUUAACUCUUCAUUGGUGUUUAGUGCAAAAAGAUUGUGAUUUUGAACCCAGCUCUUGGCAAGGUGAGUUCUACUCUGAACUUUUUUGACUAGGAUUACUUGUUUUCCUGAUGAAGGUCAGUGGGUUCCUACGGCCUCCUCUACCAAUAAAAACUAGUUGCAUAACGGGAAAGACUACAAAAAUUUUAAUUUUAUGUAAUCACCAAUAUAGUGUUACCAUACUAAAUGUUGAUAAACAUUCAUAUAUUUGCCUUAUAAUGUAGCUAUUUCAAAACAACCUAUCUGAAUCUGAAAGUAUAAUAUAAAGUACGUUAUUUCCCUUUUUAAGAAGUAGGACUGGUUCCCUGUAGUGAAAAAUCAGUGAUUAGUUGCUUUUGACCCCCUUGUGCUGUUCAGUAAACAUUUAUUUCUUUCUAGCAAGGGAAGUACUGUAAAUUCAGAAAUUCUUGUGAGGUUUUUAUUAAUGUUUAUAAUGUGACUUCUUCAAUAUCACAAUAAUAAGACCUCGCAUUCUGAUAACAGAUACAUACAUCUAUGUGUAGCCUUUCCUAAAAUCUCAACUAUUAAACUCACAUUUUUGUUCAUUCUUCAAAAAUCGCAAUAAUAAAUGCACGCAAUAAUUUGUGAAUUUACAGUAUUUGCUUCCUGUAUUAUUUUAAAGUCAAAUUCUUAAUUGUAAUAAUUUUGAGAGAAGGACUAUUAAAGUAACCCCAGUACACUUUGUUAGAUUUCUAUAGUUUCUCUAGACUUCAUUGAGCGAGACAGUUAUGACCCAUAAAAUAAACUUGUUGAUGUAUUUGUUAACCUAUAUUGUUACUGUUAUAUUGUGACUUCAUUUAUAGGAUGAAAUCCCUUAAAUAGAUUUAGAUCUGUGUUUAUAUAUUUUAUAUUAUUAGUUAAAUGAUUCAUUAGCACAUAAAUCAUUUGUCAUUUUAUAAGAAAAUAAAGAAUUAUCUAAGUUU